AUGAAGUGCUCGACGUCAUCUUUGUCAUCCCUUCUCACACAGACAAGGGUUGUUGGACAGCGCGUCGAUGAUGGAUCUGGAUCACUAGGCACUAUUCGUUAUGUAGGUCCAGUAGCGACAGCAAAGGACGCGUCUACGCUAUAUUACGGCAUUGAAUGGGACGUUUGGGGUCGAGGGUUAAACGACGGGAGCGUGAUAAUGCCGACUGGAGAACGUGUAGUGUACUUUACAGGUCCUUCUGGUCGUAGAAUGACGGAAAAUGACGCUCAAGUGAGCUACAAAUGCUCCUUUAUGAAGGCUACUACUUUUGACAAAACGUCAAUUCAGAGCUCUCUACUGCAAAAAUUGCACGAGAAAUAUUACCAUGAAGAAAAGGAAGAUUCUAGAGCUUAUUCUACUGAUGUAGUAGUGGCAGGAGAAGUCGGGACAACUUUAGGCAGUGGAAAACCUAUUGAGUUUAUUGGAGUCAAGAAACUCCGUACCCAGCAAACUUUGGAAAACCUUGAGAAAAUUUCGUUGUCAGGAUGUCAAAUCACUGAGCUUGGAUCAGUAGAAGGAGGAAAAAGUCUCAGGACUCUCGCUCCAAAAUUGACGGAAUUGGAUUUGUCGAGAAAUCUGUUUAGUACGUGGGGUGAUAUUCUCGCUGUUCUCCGUGAGCUACCAUUACUGGAGACGCUAAUUCUCAGCGGAAACAGGUUUGCAUUGGACGAGCAGAGUGAUAAUCAAGAUGGGGACGAAGAUUUUGGAAACCUCAAGGUGCUCGUGUUGAAUCAGACAUUGCUGCGCUGGGACCAAGUGGGAAAGCUGGUGACACGCCAUUUCUCCAAGCUCGAGCAGUUGCAUUUGGUGGGCAAUGAAUAUGUAGAUGACCAGCUGAGUGUGUUUCAGUCAAAUGGAGGUUGGGUUGAGACGCUUGCAGUCCUCGAUCUGAGCCUAAACCACUUCGUCUCCUGGAAAACAUUAUUGCGAACUGUUGGAAAAAUGUUCAAGAACUUGAACCAGCUCGUUUUGAAUGGAAAUCGCAUUGUUACGCUCGUUGUUGAGAAUGAUAGGCCUGUCACAGAAUUCCAGAAACUAACGACGCUAUCGCUGAGCGAGAAUCUCGUGGACUCGUGGACCUCUAUCGACGAACUCAAUGCUUUUCCGCUGUUGGCCACGCUUCGUUUUUCAAACAAUCCGCUGACGACGCAGAUGAGCCUGGGUGAGGUCCGUAUGCUGGUUAUUGCACGUACAGACCAUAUUUCUGUAUUCAACGCAAGUCCUGUUCGCGAAAAAGAGCGCACGGAAGCGGAACAAUUAUAUUUAAAACGAGUUCUGCACAAAUUGGCUAUCAUCGGCGAAGAUGAAAACGAGCGCAAACGUGUGCUAGUAGCACAUCCGCGUUACAUGCGUCUGCGCGAGCUGUAUCCUGAAAUUUCAAUUGACCAAGUUGGCAGCACGACUGGCAGCGGAUCAACUGUUGGUCCACGCAAGCUGGCAUCAAGUUUAAUUAAAGUUAGCAUCAUUCCCAUGUCAAUGCAAGCUACGUCACUCAAGCCUUUGGUCAAGAAGAUUCCUCAACAGAUGAAGGUAUCGCAGCUGAAGCUACUUAUUGAGACCAAGUUUGGCGUUAAAGUACCUGAUCAGGUGCUGUCCUUCCGUGCCGAUUCCAGGAGUAUACCGGUGCUGCUAGACGAUGACAGCGCUGAUGUUAGCUACUACGGGAUGCAGGACGGGUCUGAGUUGCUAGUCAAUGACAACGAGUGA